CACACAUUCACUGGAGCAUUGACUCUCAGCUGAUCUCCGUUCUCCAAAAGGCUCUUCAGCUUGAGAGCUUCAUGCUCUCAGAAAACACUUGUUCCUGCUUACAUCUCAAAGCUCUGGAAUAGAGUCAAGGAUUACAAGAAGAAGAGGCUUGGAUUUUAAAGGAGUGUCUAACAAGUCUUAGAUAUCCGGAGUGUGAGAAAAAAGGACUGAGUUGCCUUGGUUCUCCGGCAGUAUUCUGCUAACCUUUCAGUUGCAAGGACUAAGCAUCAACGCUCACUUCAGGAUCUGCCCAGUCCUGGUGGGUCACUCAGCCGGACUGAUGUGGAAUGCGACCCUUUAUGACCCCAUUCCACAAGCCUCUAUUCAGUGAGCCGGACUCAGAAGAGAGCAGAUAAUAGAGGCAGGAGGCUGUUGCUCACACAAGUGAAGCAACAGCAGAAGGAGUGUUCAGACUGGUAAAAAAAAGUUAAAGGGGCCCUUGAAGGUAGGGAAAAAGAACUUAAAAUACAAAAGAGCAAGAAUAAAGAAAAGCGUAAAUACAAAAGACCUUCUUUGGACUCCUAGACAUUCUUGAGCGCAAGUAAAACUUUGACCAUUAGACUUCAUUUCACCCCUUAAAUUAAUAUCAGUGCUACCCCAUCAUGCCUGUGGAGACCCUUCGUCCCACACAUGGGGGUCCUUUCACCUCUGCCAUGCCGUUCCGUAUCCUCAACAAGGGCCCGGACUACUUUCGCAGAGCGCCUGAGACAGGAACACGAAAGUUGAGUGCAGUAGAGCGACUGGAAGCAGAUAAGGCCAAGUACGUGAAGAGCCAGCAAGUAGCACUCACUAAACAAGAGCCCGUCAAACCCCCAAUCAUCCGCAAACCACUAUUAUCACCAAGCAUGAUGAUGCAAUGCAGGAUAAAUACUCCACCAGCGAGGAAGAUUACUCGUCGGCUACCUGAUGCAGAGAACGGAGGACCAGUACAUGGAAUAUGUAGGGGACCUCAACUCAACCUGGACAUCCUCAAUAAUCUAAUUAAUGUCUGUGAUGGGCCACUUGCAUCUUCCCCUACCCCUUCAUCACCUUCUCCCUCAGCCUCUUCACCUUCCUCUGGAGGUCAGAGUGUUGGAAGUGGACAAUCUGCUGAGCCCCAGAACUGCAUGAACUUUAAAGCACACCUUGCUUCUAUGCCUAACUCCUCUUGCACCUCUUCACCUCUUAACAAUCAACCGUCACCUGCAGAACCUAGCCGGAGGCCACCGCUGGUUCCAGCCAGGACUCCCCGACUGAUGCCACAAGGUAGUUAUGGAACCCCCAACUUUGUAACUGUACGACGGGUGGAUGUGCGACCGCAAGCGGAGAUCAGGAAGCCUCAGAGAUUGCUUCUACAACCCAAACCCAGACAGACUCAAACAGCUCAACCACAGAUAGCCCAGCCACAGGCACCCCCACCACCCACAACUCCAGCUCAGCACCAGCCUACGUCUGCUCACCCCCCAUCCCCCUGCCUGCCCCCCAGCCCCCUGCUUCUGCACUCUGGUGUUUUACCCCCAGCCUCCCCUGCCUUUACCCGCCUCUCCUCAGCUAGCUCACGAGGGUCACGUCCUGGCUCAAACUGGAAACUCCCCACCCUCCACCGCUCCAAGUCUGACUUGAGUGACAGGUACUCUCGGGCCACAGCCGACCUGGAGCGUUUCUUCAACUACUGUGGGCUGGACCCUGAGGAAGUGGAAGGUAUGGGUGGUGUGGAACGUUUUGCCAGAGCCAAUUCGGACAUUGUUUCGGUCUCCAAGCUUCGAAGUGUCAGUACGCCAAGCUCAGAGUGUGGAGAUGGUUGUGAUGGACGGAGAGAAGAGGAAGAGGAGGAUGACGAAGAAGAUGAUGGGCCCAUCAAGCCCAGCGAGCGCGUUCCUUAUGGCAUCUCGGUCAUCGAAAGGAAUGCACGUGUCAUUAAGUGGCUCUACGGAAUCCGACAAGCACGGGACACCUCACAAAACAUCUCCAAUGUCUAGAAGUUUCUCUCUGGGUGUCUGCUGACAAGAGAGUACCAGACAAAGACUAAAUAAUUGGGACAGAAAUUUGCAGCAUUCUGUUUAUUAUUGUUUAUCACACACAUAUUUAUUACGUUCUUGCUUGAAGAUGUUCAAAGACUCCAACAAAUAUUUGUUUCAUUUGUAUUUGCCUUACUAUAUGGAUAAUGUUUAUUAUGUUUCUUACAUAGAAUUUACAUGGACAACUUGCUGUUUUUGGAGCGUCUUUUAAGCUGCAAGGACAAUGUACCUCUGUUUGAGAGCAGAUGUGGAAUACUACAGAUUCUCAGUACUGUGACUUUGAAACAUUUUGAUUUAAGCAAUAACACUAAUGCUAAAGGCACUAAAAGUGUGACUGAAUGGAUGAUGAUAAUGAUUUAUGAUGAAGGCAACAGUCGAUCUGUUGUGCUGGUGCUGUUCAGGUACAAAGUCUUUAUUAAACAGCAGUGCUGUGGGACCUGUGGCCUAAGCUCAUUUCUUUAGGAACCUUAGGAAUGGGAAUCAAACAGGUACUUUCUAGUUUUAGAAAUCUUUGUAUUGAUUGAAGAAUUGAAGAAUGAUUGACAGAUAUUUUGGAAGCCUGUGUUAUGAGUUCAUAAUUUGGUCUCCGUGGUAGGAAGGUCUCAGGGAAGUGCUCAAUAAGUCACAGCUUUAAAAAAGAGACAUAGCCUGCAAAGUCCUACAAAUACACACAUACAUUUAAAACCCCUACUCACUAUGCACACACUUUUGCUCUAUAUGUGUCAGAUACACAAGUGCGUCAGAUGUUUAAUUUAGACCUUUUUGAAGGUGAGACUUCGAUACUGUGAAGAAUUCAGAGCUCCCAUGGAGGCAUUGCUCUGCAAACAUGGCUGGGAGACUGUUAAUGUUGAAUUCUAAGUUUUAAAGUUAAAAACAUAAGCAUGUGGGAGCCUCUUGUCAGCAUGCACACGUGGAUGAUUUGCAUUCCCAAAACAUGCAUUCCAAAACAUAGACGUACAUUCCAUUCAACAUAAUGUUUAUAUAUGAUUUGUGUGGCUUUAUAUGAUUUGUUGUUGUUGACCGUUCCUUUUGCUUGUCUCUGUGGGUUAUAUACGUUUUGGGUAGGGGUUUAUAUCUUGUUUUAUAUGGAUAAGGCAGUUUGGGAUUGAGAAAGCAAAAAGAACUGGGAGUGUUUCAUGCAAUACUCUCAGUGGAAUCAAAGAUGUUAAAUCUGUUUACUGCAAAGUUUUUGCACUUGAAGUGGAAAUGAAAAGCCUUAAAAAGAGGUAGAAAACUGAUGUUAGUUGAAUCUGUGCACAAAGACAAGUCAAGAGGCCACACAAAUGUUCACUUUUGGUUGAGAAGUCUUUGCUUUGUUAAAGGCACAAUAAUCGAGAUGUUUUUUCCCCCCUAACUAUAGCCAUACACGCAUGAAAAGGUUAACACAACAUUUAUUGAUUCAAAUACAUUGUUCUGCCAGCACAUUUAGAAAGAAUACACACAUAGGUACAAACCCUCAAACAGUUCAGUUCAGUAGUCAUUGACAGAGGGUAACAUGGUGGCUCUGCUUGUGUUCUGGUGUUAACUAUUGACUCAGUGAAAAUGUAAUGCAAAAUCAGUCAUCUGAAGAUGUCAAUAAACAGAUAAUGUUUAAGUUGUGAUUGCUUCAUUC